UAAUUUUCUAAUUUUCUAAUCCAAAUCCAUACAUAACAUAAAUAUCAUCACACUAUUAUAAAUUUAUUUAUUCUCAACAUUUUAAGUGUUCUAGCAACACAAGGAGCCACCAACAACAUACAUAUUUCAUCCUCUUCAACUACAACCUCGUUUUCUUCAAAAAAACCCUACAACCUCGUACCUUGCAUUUACAUAUGGAUUGUUUGGUGAUGCCAGUUUCAUUGAUCCGGAGAAGAUCCACAGGCUCACGGUUCGGUUACAAGCCACUAACCGAUGAUGAGUUGGAUCAACAAGAUUCCGACAGCCGGGUGACAGUGGUGGUCGGAAAAGAGAGAAAGGUGUUCCUUGUCGACCCUAUCAUAUUACAAGAGAUUCCGUUUCAGGUUUUGAUGGAUAUCUCUAUGAAGAAGAAUCCAGAAGAGACAGAGAAGAAUCAUUUUCGUUUCACAUCAAGUCAUCAUGAUGAGAGAGUUAUCUUCGUGGAUGUUGAUGAUAUUUUGUUUGAACACAUGUUGUGGCUUAUGUAUAAUGAUGCAUCUUCUUUGUUUAAGCUCAAUUUGAAAGAUAUUGUUGAUUUCUAUACUCACGAGGAUAUGUAAUUGUAAUAAUCUAAAUUACAGAGUAUUUUCACCCACAACAGAGGUAUUGUAUUAUGUUAAAUUUUCUA